AUUCAAUUCCCCCAAUCUACUUAUCCAUUUCUGUGAACAAAAUGUGAAAUUCACUCUCCGACCUGUAAAAGGCAGUAAUACGCAACUAAGGGUCUAUUCUGCCGGAAAACCACACAAAGAAGACUGUAAACGGAAGUGAACACAAGAACAAUUUCCACGUUUGCGUUUUUGUUGUUAUUUAGAUGUUUAUUAACACCCUGGAAUUCAAAAUAUGAAUACUUUAACUGCAUAGCAUCACAUACUUACGACAUGUAGUCUUUAAUUCGCGCUGGAGACAGGACUUGGUUGAUAAGUGUUCUCUAUGUAACGCUAGCUAGCUAGUUGCUAACGUUAGCUUACAAUGGCUAACUGUAUGGUUUUUCACACUCAAAUUGCCUCCAUCAUGGAGGUUCUAGCGAAUGCAGCCGUAUCAGAGAUCUGUAAACUCGUAGACGACGACUAUGCAGUGUUUCGUUUGGAAAUAACUCAAAGCCAAAAAGAAAACAGGGCAUUGCGGAGGAGACUACAGCUACUGGAGAUGAAGGUGUCACGGGAGCGCGUCCUCGCCAUUCGACCCAGUAGUGUAAAAAUCCUCGACAAAUACAGAGGAAUGGCAAGAGGUGAAGCACAUCUCACUGGAGGCCACAGGAGCUUUGUGAAGCCAGCGGGACACAAUACAUGGAGAGAUGACCAACCAAUCACUGUUGAUGAGGGUGGUGGAACCUCAACCCAGCAUGUUAUUGUGAUAGAGUCUGCAGAUGCAGAGGCUGCAGGUCUUGGGGUCAAGUUGGAGAGGUCUGAAGGAGAGGAGGACUCACGGCACAGCAGAGACUUCCAGACUAGUGUGGCUAGAGAGCCCCCUGUAGCCAUAGAGGUCCCCACCACUGCCCCAGUGCGGCCCAGGACCCGACGAAGCAUCACGGAGGAGGAGGAGGAUCUGGGGAACCCUGAGGGAACCAUGGUCAUGGAGGACAACCAGACUACACCACCUCCUGAACCCACAGAGGACCCAGCUGAGCAACACAGGACCACACACAGUAUCACUGAGUCAGUAGACAUGGAAGAUGGGAAGCCUGAUCUGCUGCUGAUCAAAGAGGAGACAAUAGAAGACAGACCAGAGAGCAUUGAUCUGCUGAGUGGAAUAAAGAUGGGGGAGCAAGGUGGUUGGCUGGAGGCUAACAGAGAUUGGGCGGCCGUCUUGGAUUCCCAGACCGGUGCAGCCAAAGGCCCAGGGGACAACAUCACUAAGCAGGCCAGGACCAGAGGUGACAUAGUGGAGUCUGCAGUCCAUGAUGAUCUGCUGAUAUCCGGUGUUGCUGGUGGGAGAGACUGGACCUCUGAGGCAGCUGGUCACAAACCCUGGCCCUGGAUCAGAACCCUGGAUCAGGAGCCAUCACGCUUUCUUCCCGAUUCGGAACUAGGACCGAAACACGAGGGACAAAGACUCCACCACCACAUAGAACACAACCAGUGGACAGAUGGACUGAACCACCUCAGUCCUGGUCGUCAUCAGAGAGACGGAGGCUCCAGUCUGCAGCCCAGACCCUUCUCUUCACAUUCUCAGUGCAGGGAUGGAGCAGGGCCUGGGGCUGAUAGAGAUAGACCCUCCUGUUCCUAUGAUACAAACACCACAGUAUCCAUUAUGAACAGAGCAGGUCACCCUGGGCUUCAGCCUUCAGAGAGAGUAGUGGGAGUCCCAUCUGGUGGUAGUCUAUCAGCAAGUCUGUCUUCUCCUUCAGGGUCUCAUCUAAUGCCUGGUGACUGGGCUCAUAGAAGGUCUCGACCUGGGUCUAGCCUUCCUCAGUUACCUCAGGUUUACCCCACCAAUACAGACACGGUCAGGAUGGGCGUUCACCCCAAGAGGUACCUAGCCUAUAAUACAGAACACAAUCCCAACAACACCCAAACAAUGGCUAGAGGUCAAGGAGGGAGCUCAAAGACUAACCACCUGACGGUGGUGGCUCCUGCUUCUACCUCUGGUGUUAUUGGCUCACAACGUGGGAGGCCAAGUGUUAGGUCGGAUGCAGACAAGCCGCACGCAUGCCCCACAUGUGGGAAGCGUUUCACUGAGGCAAACUAUGUGAAGAGGCACCAGACCGUUCACACCAAGGAGAGGCCCUUCAAGUGCAAACUGUGUUACAAGAGCUUCGCCUUCCUGAGUAACCUUAUCAGACAUAGGAGUGUCCACAAUGGGAAGAAAUUGUAGCAUUGUGGCUUGAGAUGUCCACAGGGCAUAUCUGGGAACCAUUUUUUAGUUGACGUAAUAUAAUUAUCGUGUGAAGUGUUUUGGGGCAAGAGGUUAAUUAAUCACAUACCCCUCAACCCUUUGUUAACUGUGUAAAUACCUGUUUUUAGAGAGAAAGUAAACCUAGACUAGAACAAGGACAGUUGAAUAUUUACCUUACUGAGGUGAUGUAGAUGGGAUAAAGUCGUUCUAUUGUUUUCUACUCUAUUCUUGCUAACAUGCUGUUCUUUCUAAACAAGUCUGCUCUUAGCUUGAAAUAUACUGAUCAUAGGAGAUUUGAUGUGAGAUGUACUAAGCAGUACCGUAUUUCAAAGAACAGUGUGCAUACCUUUUUUGUUUAACCACACCCUUUGAGCGAUGACGCCAACCAAAAAAUACCCUCUUCUUCAGUGUAAACGGAAUCGCUGUGUGUAUUAACUGUAGGGGUAGCCAUGUUGCUGGAGUUCAGAAGUGUCCAAUGAGAGAAUGGCAGGUUGAGGUUGCCAGAGUUGGUGUAGUACAGAAGGUGUCGUAUACUAAGGUAGUCCUUCUGUAGCUCAGUUGGUAGAGCAUGGCGCUUGUAACGCCAGGGUAGUGGGUUCGAUCCCCGGGACCACCCAUACGUAGAAUGUAUGCACACAUGACAGUAAGUCGCUUUGGAUAAAAGCGUCUGCUAAAUGGCAUAUAUUAUUAUUAUUAUAGUGAAGAGAGUAGUAGAGGAAGAUCCAGGGCGAGGGAUCCUCAUAGGUUCCCUAUGAGUAGGCCGAAGUUAAUAAAGAAUCCAUAGAGAGUGAUAGGAAUAACGUGUGCUUCAGUUAGCUUGGCUUCUUAGCGUUCAUUGAAAUGGGAUCUAAAUCACAGAAAAUAUAUUUUGUGACAGCUGCAGAGAAGAACUUUACGUGUUUUUACUGCAGAUGAUUGACACGGUGUGUAGUGUCCCAUCCUCCCAGGCAGCCGGCUUGGUAUAGUAUCAGAUGGGGCCAAAGUGGUGGAAUAGUGAAGUAUUAGGUUAUUUAUUUAUUUUAGGUUUUUUUUAUAAAUAUGAAGUUUAAUUUUUUUAAAUUAUUAAACAGUAACAUACAAAAAAAACAGAACAGCCAGAGGGAUUACACAAAUAAAUAAUAAUACAAAUCCACAUUAUAUCAAAUCAAAUACAAACAUGUACCGAAUACAUUGACAUUUUGUUUGGCAUACGUUUGAAUGAUUCUAAAUAUUUUUCCAAAUCAGAUUUUUCUUUAUAAACGUUGAAUUUGUAUGAAAAAUAUUCUAAAUAAAAUAGAGAUUUAUGACA